AUGAGGUUUACAAAACCAUUGGAUCAGGUAACUGGUGGUUAUGCGACGGUCAAGCUAGGCAGGCACAUUCAAACUCAAGAGCCAGUGGCCAUCAAGAUCCUGGAGAAGAAAGAGCUCGGGGAUGAGUUGUCUGAUUUGAGGAUAGAGAUUGAAGCCCUGAAGAACCUCAAUCAUCAGCACGUGUGCCGCUUGUACCAAGUCAUGGAGACUGCUGACCAGAUCUACAUGGUGCUUGAGUUUUGUCCGGGUGGAAAUCUGUUUGACCACAUCGAUAAUAACGACAGGUUAUCGGAGGAGGAGACGCGCAGGAUCUUCCGUCAGAUCGUCUCGGCGCUGGCCUACGUCCACAGCCAGGGAUACGCCCACCGUGACCUUAAGCCAGAAAACAUGAUGCUGGAUGAGAAGAACAACAUCAAGCUCAUCGACUUUGGUCUCUGUGCCAAACCAGAGGGUGGAUUGGGUACUGCUCUGAUUGAGGGCUGUGGAACCCCUCCCUACAUGGCACCAGAAAUCAUUGAUGAUAAACCCUAUCUUGGUGCAGAGGCAGAUGUUUGGAGCCUGGGUGUUAUCCUAUAUGUCAUGCUGUGUGGCUAUUUCCUGUUCGGCGGUGACGACUUUGAGGAGCUCCAUGAACAAAUCACUAAAGGACAUUUUGACACUCCUGACUGGCUGUCUCCUGGUUCUGUACUGCUGAUUAAGGAAAUGCUGCAGGUGGUUCCAGAGCGGCGCAUAAAGGUGGAGCAUCUGCUGGAUCAUGAGUGGGUAAUGAAGGGGUACAGCAGCCCUGUGGAAUGGCACAGCACAUGUCCGCUGGAUCAUCUAGAUGAAGAAAGCAUCACUGAGAUGGCUGUGAUGUUCAGACAGUCCAACCAAAGCAUGAAGCAGCUGGUGUCUGAGCAGGAGACACCGUCGGUGUGACAAGGAGGGACGAUGGUGGCACCAUCCAAUCAGGAAACGUUACAUCUCAAUUCCACAUUUCAAUGAUUGUUGCAGAUGUUUCUCUCUAACCCAUCCUCUCUCUCUUUUUUUACCAGAACGAUGCAUUUUGGGUAUCUGUGUGUGACUGGUUAGAUGAACUCCACUGAGGUGCCGCCCUUGUUGAUUCACACAGCUGUAUGAGAAGUGUAGAACAUGGAUGACCAGGAUCAACAAGCAUCAAAAUCUUAUUACAUUAAAUAAUAAAUAAAUAAACU